AUGAUUGACCAUCCCUUCACGCACCAGACCAAAGCUAUGACAAACACCUUCCCUCUCUCCAAUUUGACAGCCGGUAGACCACCGCCACAACUCUUGCCCUUCGACUCACCACCUAGAGGUACCCAUUCAACACUGCAAGCCACACCGAUUCACCUGCCUGUCGUCGGCCUGAUCCAGAUCUGGAAACACAUCCACUCCAAUCCAAACCACCGACAAACAAGAAUGGAAUCGCCGAGCACUUCCACCUCGGAACGAAAUCGCUCCACCAAUUUGUGCCCUUCCUCCCGGGAGCCCGAACCCACUGCUGCAAACAUCACUGAGCGACCCACCUCCAAGCAGAGAUCAGCGCCAUACGAUCCAUGGCAAGCCGCUGCCACGAUCUGGCCUCUGACCCCUUGCUCCAAGCCAGCGCCGCCGCCGAAAUCCUUCUCCCCACCUGCGCCACUGCCUGAGAGUAGAGAAGAAGCAUGCCACGCCCCGACCACCGCAAAGAAGACAAAAUCGAAGGUCCCAAGACCCCCAUCUCCCGUCCGACAACACCUGCCAUUCGUCGCUGAGGCGGGAAGCCCCGAUUGA